AAAGAUACGCCGCUGAAUCACGUGAUACAAGAGAAAAGGCGGUGCUAUUGGAUUUUCAUUUAUAUUAGUCCUUAUGUAAAUUAACCGGUGUAACGGCGUGUUUAAUGUUUAUUUUUUACUAACUCUUGUAUGAAUAAAAAAGGAUCUACUAUACUUUCGUUUUCGUUAGUGCGAUGAAAAGGUGUACACAUAACAAUGAGUUUCGAUAUAUUUGAUUUUGUCACAGACGUUCUUAAUAUUAACAUAUCCGCCAUUAGUGACCUGGCUUUGUAUAAAACAUCUUCCGAAUCAUCAUCUGGGAAUAUCAACAUCAGCCGCGCCGUUGCACCGGAUGGUCGGCGAGUCCUACAAGGAAUCUGGGAUCUCCGACUUGGCAGGGAAGAAUUCUUUUCGUCACCACUUUUUCCUGUAAUUCUUUCGGUAACUUUUUAUUUCUCUUUGUGUACACCUUUCAUGAUAUGCGACCUGUACGGUAAAAAUUGGAAUUGGAUACAAAAGUACAAAAUCCAACCGGACUUCAAUGUGACAACAGCACAUUGCUUUGACGCUCUAAGUGUAACAUUUUGGAACCAUGUGUUGUUUAUUUUGCCAGCGGCUUGUGCUCAAUGGGUAUGGACACCCCCAACCCCAAUGCCAGAACUUGCACCAACUUUGCUCGAGUUCUUUUGGCAUCAAUUUGCUGGCUUGCUGAUCUUCGACUUCCAGUAUUUUGUAUGGCACUGGACUCAUCACAAGAUUCGCUUCCUAUAUAAGCACGUACACGCAAUUCAUCAUCGAUAUCACGCCCCUUUUAGCUGGGUGACGCAGUACCUUCAUCCAUGGGAGCUGAUCACAGUUGGGUUCCUUACAACAACGAAUACUUGGUUUUUCGACUGCCACCCACUGACAACAUGGAGUUAUAUGAUGGUCUCUAUUAUAGCCAGCGUAGAGGCCCAUAUUGGAUUCGACUUUCCAUUCGCAUUGAACUACAUCACCUUUGGGUUUUUCGGGGGCGCUCCAAAGCAUGACAUGCAUCAUUACAAGCCGAUGACAAAUUUCGAGCCAUUUUUUAAUCACUUUGACAGGCUCUUUGACACAUUCUGUCCCGUAAUGAGAGCAGGCGGAAUCAAACCGAAGGAACUGCUAGAUUAUGAGAGGAAACAAAAAGAAAUAAAGAAGCUUCGUUAAUCAUCUUGGUAACGGAAAUUAAUAACACUAGUACAGUUCAUAAGGAAAUUUUGGACAAAUGGAAUUGUGGACAGAAGUCAAAUGGAAGGGUUUGGUUUUAGAUAGUUUAUCGUAAUAUUUCUUUAAAAAAUUUCUGUAUUCUUCUCUUGGUCACUGAUGGCGUGAUUUUUUCCAAAGACCAUAAAUGCUCUUAAUAUUGAGGUAAAUAAUUUAAUUAAAAAGAAGAAAAACGAUCAAAAUAUGUCUCAAAACGAUUGUUCAUUUUUACAUUAUUUAGUACAUGAUACCAUCUUAACAAGCAGCGCCAACUGUAAGAUGUUGCCACACCCUUGAAAGUUAUUUAAUUUCGGUUUUGAAAUACAUUUUUAUCAUUUAAAUUGACCAAGGCCUUUCAUAUUUAACUUCUCACUGAUACAGGCAUUAAAAUGUGAAUUAUACAUAAAACGGUAACAUAACAGAAAUAUUUAGAAUAUUUGAAUAGUCACAUGUAUUUUGCAUAAAAUCCUUUUCUGAUUUUUGUGACCAGUAACAGAAAAUUU